GGACCGACCGCAGAACUACACUCCUCCUCCACCACCACCACCUCCCCUUCCCAAUAAACAAACGCAUCUCCUCUUCCACUUCUAAACACUCUGUCUUUGAUCUCAACGUACACCCACAAACCAACCCCAGCUUAGCCCAGCAGAAGACUCCGCCACUCCCACCCACCAACCCCACUAGCUGCGGCUCAACCCGCAGCAUCCGUCCGUCCCGCCUCUCCGGCUGCGGUUUAUCCUCACCAGAGACCACUACUGCUGCUGUUGCUGUACAAGGAUAGCUUGAUGACUUCCGCGGUGACCAUGGAAAAUGAUUCGGAACUGAGCCUGGUGUCGACGGAUACGCUCACGCCGUCUGCGUAUCUCGAGGACGACGCGCAGCUGGUGUCUACCAAUGAGCUCGCGCAUAUGGCGACUACUCCUGCUGCUGCUGAGAGUCAGAGUGCUGAGCAGAGCGCUGAGCAGAGUGCUGAGCAGAGCGCUGAGAGUAAACCAGACAUUUCAUCUACAGAGACUGAGGUUGCUGAGGAUUCUAGCGAAGCGCAAGACAGCAAUAUAGACAAAGAAGAAGACAUGCAUGAAUCUACACCCUCUCCAACGCAUAGCCACCACCACCACCUGCGCCUUCCGGACUUCAAACUCCCUUCAAUCAGCAUCCGCCGCCACCGCUCGAUCUCGACCUCCUCGACCAAAUCCGCAGCAGACGACGAGACCAAGACCGCAACCCUCAACCUCGAAUGGGAAGCCAAGAUCAUUGAAGAGUUUGGCUUCGAAGCUCACGAGUACCUCACCUCCCUCCUCGAACGCACCGAUCUCUCAAUCAACUCCUCCCCUGCCUCUUCUUCCACCGACGCCUGCCUGCGCCGCUGGGAAGCAAUCCACCAAGGCUUCAGCACGCAGUGGAAAUUCAACUUCCUCUCGCUGGAUUCCUGGGGCGUAGCCUGGCGCGGCAAAUACCUCGAGCCGCGGCCGAACCCCGAGUCAGUCUGCGGUGUCGCGCUCGAGAUCGUCGACCAGGAUAUCUGCUGGUACCAUGUAUUUCGAAACAUCCGCGUCGCGCCGGGAAGAUAUCAGCUACAAUGGCGGUUUAAAUACGACUGCGAGACAAAGGAUAAAGGGCCACGGAUCGACCAGAAUUUCUCAUUCAACACAUACAUCUACGACUGCCCAUCACCACCACAAGAGCAGGAGCAGCAACAAAGCUGGAACCCGACCUCGACGCCAAAAACCCUGCUCUCGUCAAUAAACCUUCCCGACCUCGACGGCGUGCUCGACGACAAACCGGGUUUCCACACCGUUGCGUUUGCGGAGUUCGAUGUACCGUCGUCCGGCGUCCGUGGUCGCGAGUGGAGAAUGCUGCUUGUCGAAGUUCGCGAGACGGAUUUCCUGUUUCCAAAGACCGAGUUUGCACUGGAUCAAUUAACCCUGAAGCGCAUCCCUGAAACCCAGCAGACUGCAUCCCUCCCAACUCCAGUGGACGAGGGACCCGCGCAGGGUAGAUCGAGAAGCGCGAGCAAGUCGUGGAAGUCCCCGCCGGGGUGGAUCAGCACGCUUGUUCACAAGCAGGGUGCGUUGGUUGAGUAUGAGAAGCAGGUUAACGAGGUUGCGGACGCGUUGAGGAAGUUGGUGAAUAGCUUUGCGGAGAGUAGUCAGAUUGAGGAGUACGGCAACUAGCACUUGUAGGGCAGUCAGAUUGCCGAGUACGGCAAUUAGCAUGUAAAUAGCGUCAACAUAGUCAUUGUCAAUCGCAUCAUGCCCGCGUCCCCGUUGCGCGUGUUCUUCAACAACUCUUGAGAAGAGCAGUUAUAUCACUGAGUAUAGCAACUAGCAUUUGUAUAGCAUCGUCAUAGUCAUAGUCAUAGAUAUAACCUCAUGGAUGCGUUAAACCUCAUGGACGCGUUGCAAGUUGGUGAUAGCUUUCCGGAGAGUAGUCAGAUUGCCGCGUAUAGCAACUAGCAUGUAUAUAGCAUCGUCAUCUCAUAAACGUGAUAUAAACUCACGGACGCGUUGCAGGUUGGUGAUAGCUUUCCGGAGAGUAGUCAGAUUGCCGAGUACGGCAACAGCAUGUGUAUAGCAUCAUCAUCUCAUAGUGAUAGAUAUAACCUCACAGACGCGUUGCAGGUUGGUGAUAGUUUUCCGGAGAG